UUUCAUUUCCCUUCUCGGCUUCUGCACUGACCGCCACAGCCAGAAGCACGAAGUAUCAGGGGGAGCACGACAAUGACAAAGAAGCGAGAAAGGAGGACAAUGCCACCGUAGACAACUCUACAGCCGCCUCUCUGGAAUUUUAGACCCCCCGCGUCUCCUCCGCCCAUCGCCCUCCUCCUCCACUGUUGUUACGUAGUAGGAACACUUUUGUUUAUUGCCCUUGUCAAAUCCAAAUAAUAUAGUUUAGUAGAGCAGGCAGUGUUCUACUUUUCCACUUGAGCUGCUGACAAUCAAGUGUUCCGGCAAUCCAAAAGCAAACAAGACAAAAACAAAACACAAAAACAACAAAACAACUUGUCUUGUCCAAAAAAAAAAACAAAACAACAAAACAACUUGUAUUAUUUGAUGAAUACGAUAUAAGGCCAGCAAUCCAUCUAUUUAAUUUCAAUGCUUGAACUUCAUUCCUCAAAUGGAAAAAUAACUUUCACUAACAAGCGUUCGAAUCUCUAAAUACCGCCAGCAGGAGCCAUCGGCCGAUUCGGCCGUCCCGCCAGCUGCCUCUAUUAUUACAUGGCCUCCGCCGGAGUUUGUCCUUUCCCCGCCCGCCUGCCAUCCGUUAUCCGUCAGGAACUGACGUCGUCGUCAUCAUCCUCAUCCGGAAGAUCGAAGUUCAAUCCGAUCUCGAUUCCGUCGCGGAGGCUAGCCGCUGCGUCAACAGACCACACUCCGACGAUUCUGACAGCAGCGAACAUCGGAAGCGGCAGGUCGUCUGAGAAGGAAGCUCAUACGACGACGACGACGACGUCAGCUGCAGAGACCAAGAGGCAGGCUCGUCAGGAGGAGCACAGGUUCGAUGCGGAAGAGCAAGGCCUGAGCUUGAAGGAUUACUUCGAGCAAGCUAAGGAUUUCAUCAGCUCCGACGGUGGACCGCCUCGCUGGUUCUCUCCUUUGGGCGGCGGGUCCCGCUUGGCCGAUUCUCCUCUGCUUCUCUUUUUGCCUGGAAUUGAUGGCACUGGACUUGGGCUGAUAAGGCAUCAUCAGAAACUUGGAAAGAUUUUCGAUGUCUGGUGCUUGCAUAUCCCUGCCAAGGAUCGAACAACAUUCACAGACCUAGUGAAGCUGGUUGAAAGAACAGUUCGGUCACAGCAUCGUCUCGCACCAAAUAGGCCUAUAUAUCUUGUUGGAGAAUCUCUUGGAGCAUGCCUUGCGCUUUCUGUGGCUGCCCUUAACCCUGAUAUUGACCUUGUUCUAAUUUUGGCUAAUCCAGCUACGUCCUUCAGCAAGUCCCAGCUUCAACCAUUAAUACCUUUACUGCAGGUCAUUCCUGACUCAUUUCCUCUCAGCCUUCCUCACAUACUGAGCUCAAUGACAGGUUUUCUGAUGGGUAACUUGGAGACGGGACUUGGACUUCCUCUGCCACAGACAGUUGAGAAGCUAUCACGCGAUCUUCUUGCAUCAGCAUCUUACCUUUCUGUAAGACACAACUAUGUAACAAACCCACAGGUUCUUGCUGAAUUACCCAGAGAAACACUUCUGUGGAAGCUACAAAUGAUUAGAUCAGCAUCUCCAUAUGCCAAUUCACGUCUCCACGCUGUAAAAGCUCAAACGCUGAUACUUUCCAGUGGACAGGAUCAGUUGUUACCUAGUCAAGCGGAAGGAGAAAGACUGAAACACACCCUUGCAAAAUGUGAGAUUCGUAUGUUUGCUAACAGCGGCCAUUUCCUCUUCUUGGAAGAUCCUUUUGAUUUGGUAACUGUCAUCAAGGCAACUGGUGUCUAUCGUCGUUCCAGUACCCAUGACUUUGUUACUGAUUACAUACCGCCAACACCUUCAGAAGUCAAAAAUAUAAUUGAAUCAAACAGAUUGUUAACCACGGUCACUAGCCCAGUGAUGUUCUCAACUUUACCAGAUGGGAAGAUUGUGAGGGGCCUUGCCGGGAUUCCUUCUGAGGGUCCUGUAUUGUUUGUUGGUUAUCACAUGUUACUGGGGUUUGAAUUGGCUCCCAUGGUAACUCAGAUGAUGGAGGAAAGAAACAUCCUAAUGCGAGGAAUAGCACAUCCGAUGAUGUUUAUAAAAUUGAGAGAAGGAAAGUUUCCUGAUCUAUCAGCAUUCGACACAUUCAGACUUAUGGGUGCAGUUCCUGUCUCUGGUGCAAACUUUUACAAACUUCUCUCUACAAAGUCUCACGUCCUACUCUAUCCAGGUGGAGUGCGUGAGGCUCUUCACCGGAAGGGGGAGGAAUAUAAGUUAUUCUGGCCAGAACAGUCGGAGUUUGUGAGAAUGGCAGCUAGAUUUGGAGCCAAAAUUGUACCUUUUGGCGCCGUUGGAGAAGAUGAUAUUGGUGAACUAUUUUUGGAUUAUGACGACCAAAUGAGAAUUCCUCCGCUUAAGGACUUUAUACAGGAGUUAACAGAUGAGGUUGCGAAAGUGAGAAAGGGCGUUGGUGGGGAGGUAGGAAACCAGGAUGUACACCUACCAGGAAUCAUACCGAAAAUUCCUGGCAGGUUCUAUUAUUAUUUUGGAAAACCAAUUGAAACAGAAGGGAGGAAGCAGGAAUUACGAGACAGGGAGAAAGCCCAUGAACUGUAUUUACAAGUGAAGUCGGAAGUUGAGAAUUGCCUUGCUUAUUUGAGGGAGAAAAGAGAGAAGGAUCCGUAUAGAACGUUAUUGUCUAGACAAUACCAGGCCUUGUCUGGCCUCACAUCUGAAAUUCCGACAUUCGAUAUCUGACCGACGAAGAAAUUCGUCAAUGAUCUUCCUUGUUCUCCAUCGGUUGCUAGUUGGUACUCAAACCUCACGUCACAAUAUGCAGGCCAAAUUUGAUUCAAACUUGUAUCCGGUUUAUUUGUAAAACAGGGGUAAUAUUCAUGCCUAUUUAUAAUAAUAUAGUUGAAUUCUUUGAAAUUCGCUAUCUUUUUUUU